UUUAUUUUUAUAUGAUGCCUCCUGAAGGAAGAAAGCAUCGUGGAAGUUUGCCUCCUGACUUUCUUAGCAAUCUUCCUGAUAAUCUAAUCGAUCUCAUUCUGAUGUGUUUGCCUUGUGACGAUGCUGUGAGGACAAGCAUCUUAUCGAAGAAGUGGAGGUAUAAUUGAUGUAUGCGUACGGAGUUUGCGCUUAAUGAAUGGGAUGAGGAAUCACCGGAGGUCAAAUUUACGAAUAUUAUCAACCAGCUUUUGACCCAUCAUGAAGGACCUAUUACUAAGUUUACCCUCGACAUUCAUUCUCUGGAAAUUAGCUGUCCUAAGAUUGACGACUUCAUAUAUUUUCUCACUAUGAAUGACAUCCAACAUCUUGUUCUUCGCUUUCCAUCGAAUAAGCCAUACAAAAUUACUUUUUCACUUUUCACAUGUUUGCAGCUGAGGCAUCUAACUCUUCAUGAUUGCUUCCUACAUCCUCCAUCAUUCUUUAAAGAAUUUGAUAUGUUAAUUAGCCUGGAACUAUGUAAAGUCACAAUUUCUUCUGAAUUGCUUGAAAGUUUAAUAUCUAAAUGCCCGUUGCUUGAGCAGCUGGUGCUGAAAAACACAGAAAUUCUAGCCACAAUUGAAAUUAAUGCCCCCAUGCUGAGAUCAUUUGAUUUCAAGGGCAGUAUAAGUUCUAUCUGUCUAAAGAAUGUCCCUUGUCUGGCUAAAGCAUCUCUGAUAUGUGAUGACAGUUUUAUGGUGGCAGACUAUUAUUUUGGUUUUGCAGAGUUUUUCGAGUCUUGUUCUGCUCUCGAGCACCUGCACAUGACCUGCGAGUUUUCUGUGGUAGUUGUUGUUUCAUUACUUCAUUGUUAUGCAAUUGGACUUCUUUUGGGCUGACUCAUCUUGAAUUUUGGUAUUUAUUAUUUCCUCGAUGAAACAUGAACCACAUGACGUCGUAGCAACAAGGCUUCCUUUUGAUAUUAACAGUGUCAAACGUUUUUACCUGCCUGUGGUUUAUCUGGUGGAAUCAUAUCAGCUCUCAUGUGCCCUGUGCUUGAUAAGAAGCUUCUCAUAUUUAGAAUAUCUCGAAAUUGCGGUUUGACCCCUUUCUCUUUCUUAUUUAAUGGAUUUUUUCAAACUUCUUAAAUCCUAAAUUAUCUGAGAGUUGACUUCUUGUUAUCUCUCUUAGGUUUACAAUGAUGAUGAAGAUGAUGGUUCUAUGGUAGAAUCUCUUGAACUCGAGCGUUUCUUAGGUGUGCCUCAAGAAAGUUAAGCUAGACCGCGUUACAGGAACAACGACUGACAUGCAACUUAUCAACCUUUUGUUAGCCAGGUCUCCAAUGUUGGUGAGAAUGGUAAUUGAUACAUGGCUUCUAUAUGAUGAACCUCUUGACACAAGAUUAAAUGCAUUCGCUGAGAUAUUAACACUUUGGCGUGCAUCACCUAAAGCAAAAGUAGUCUACACAAAGAGCCUUUAAUGAGAUCAUCAUGAUCUUUGGAUGAAAUGUUUUGGAAGGUAAAAAUUGAAUAGAUAGAAACAAAUGCUGAUGUAAUAGUACAACAAUGGUUUUCCUUUCUGGAUGUUUUGAUUAGUUUGUUCCGUAAUAACAUUGUCAUUACAUGUUAAGGUUUUUUUUUUACAUUUAGUGCCUGCUCAUGAAUAAUUUAUGGAAUGUGACAUGGGCAUGAAGAAUUUCCCCGAGCCCAAUGUGCGAUGUGUGGAUUAGGUAAAUGUAACGGGUUCAAAUCUUGCUGGAGAGAAAACCUUGGUAUUUAAGUGUAGAAGGGUUGAUGUGUGGGUUCAUUAUCCACCGAAUUUCAAACAAUGCGCCCUCGAGGAUUUUCGGUUAUAAAGAAAAGACAUACACAUGAAUUUUAUGGCAGUUCCUUGUUUAUGGCAAGCUUGAAGCACUUCUUCUCGGCCAUGGAGAUCUGAUACUGGUAUGAAUUUUAUAGUUUGUCCACUAGCUAGCACAUAUGCAAGUUUUAAAAAGAAAAUACAAAAUAUGGUAUAAGAUGUGUUAUUCAUUUAAUCUCCUAUCUUAUGCAGUUUAUUCUG